AUGCCAGCUCAGAUAACGCCCCUGGGGUGCUAUGAGGCAGCAAGGGACCCAGGAGAGGAGGAUGAGGAGACCAACUGCUUCUUUGCUGAAGGCCUGGCUGGGUCAGCACAGCCUCACUCCAAAAAGGGAGCUGCUAAAGCAGCAGGGAUUGUCCAUUUCAACAGAGAAAUUCCUGGAGAGCUCUGUCUGCACUCCCCUGUUCCUUUUGCCCCCACAUUCAGAACAGCGCUCUUAAUGCUCCUGGCCGUGCUGUCCGCCAGAAAUUCUGCCUACGGGAAGGUGAUACGGCCUGAACUCAGGUUGGAGAACAUCUUCAAGCAAUCGUAUGCUGGAUGCCCAACCCCAAAAGACACAAAAUUCCCCCAAACUGUGAGAGUCAACAUAAGUAUCAGCAACAUGAACCAGGACACCAGAACGACUCUUGAUGCCAGCAGCCGCUCUCUGGCCCCGUGGGAUUACAGGAUCGAUGAGGACCACCACCGUUUCCCCCGGGUGAUUGCCGAUGCCAAGUGCCGCCACGCCAGGUGUUUGAAUUCAAAUGGGCAACUGGAUCACAGCCUCAACUCCGUCCCCAUCAAACAGGAGAUCCUUGUCCUCCAGAGGGAGCGCAAAGGCUGCCACCAAUCCUACCGGCUGGAGAAGAAAAUCAUCACUGUGGGCUGCACGUGUGUCACUCCCUUGAUCCAACACCAGGCUUAA